AUGCGUCCUGAACCACCCCACCCCCCCAUCAUAUUCGACGCCGACCUCGCCCGUCUGUCGCAGGUGGAGACCAGCGAGGACCUCGACCUCCCGCUCCCUCUCCAGGAAACCAUCAGGGCCGUGCAACAGCUAUCCAACGGAAAAGCACCCGGAUCGGACGCGAUCCGUGCUGGAGUCUACAAAAACUGCGGCCCCCAACCCAUGGAUUACCUGACUGCGCUCUUCCAAGAGAUGUGGCGUCAAGGAGAAGUCCCGCAGGGUUUCAAAGACGCCACAAUUGUGCAUCCGUACAAAAAAAGGAAACUUCAAGGUCUGCAACAAUCACCGAGGCAUCUCCUUACUGAAUAUCGUUUGGAAAAUCUUCGUUCGCAUCCUCCUCAAACGCCUGAAUGA